AUGUCGAGCAAGACGGCGCCGAAGAGCAUCCUGAAGAAGCCUGCCGUCGCAGGACCGAGCAAGCUGACCGGCUCCAAGGGCAAGGCCAAGGCGACCGUCGCCGUCAAGACGGCCAAGGUCAAGGCGCCUUCCCCGGAACCGGAAUCGUCGGACGACAACGACUUCCCCGACGACGACGAGUACGAGCUGGACACGGAGGACGAGAUUGAGCUUGCGCAGGCGGGAUCGGAGAAGAAGCAGCCGAAACGCAAGCGUCCGACGACGGCGAGCGAGUUCGGUUCGACGCUGACGUCGCUUCUCGCGGAGCCGACAAGCAAGAAGGCGAAGAAGGUGAAGAAGGAGGACGACAAGAAGCCGAAAUCGCAACCGAUUCUUGCGCUCAGUGCCAAGCCGCUGCCGCCUUCGCAGGCUGCUGAGAGGUUGGAGCGCCGCGCCGCGCGUGUGCUCAAGGCUGAGCGUAUGGAGCGUCUUGACCGCGCCCGUGUCCGUGAUGUUGUCGAGGGAUGGGUCCCCGCCCCGGGAGCCGAGAUGGGAAGCCAGGAGUUUGAGCGUGCGCUGCGCAAGACGGCGCAGAGGGGUGUCAUCAAACUGUUCAAUGCUAUUCUUGUCGCGAGCAAGAACGCCGAGGCGGCCGCCAAGACGCUGUCCGACAAGGCUGGACUUAAGCCCGAGGCGCCCAAGAGCAGGAAGGAGAAGGACAACAUCCUCGGCCGUGGUGGCAAGGACGACGUGCUCACCAAGGAGUCGUUCCUCGACCUUGUCCGUCGCGGCAGCGCCAAGUAA